AGACAAGCCGCUGGCUGGCUGGCUGGCUGACGUGCCAUUACGUCGGGUUGUGUGCCCGCAGUCUCUCUCUCAUCCAGCCACACAAGUUUUUCGCUCUGUGCACAGAGAGGCUGUGCGCAGAGCAGACAGGAGGGAGAGUCAGAGCGCAGCGGGGUAGAAGCACCGCUCUCUGCCCGGCGGAUCUUACAGCCUGUUCGGAGACCGAUACUUCAUUAAAUCCCCUGAACCAACGGGACAGGUGUGGACACUUUUUGUUUUUUGUUUUUGAUUAAUUUUUCUUUCACACUGAGCGUCAUUAUUUUUUGGAGAGUGAACCGGAGGGAGCCGCUUUCACUGGACGCGCUGUGACUUCAAAACAGCAGCCCCACGUCUUCUCUCAGUAGAAAAGGUCGUCGCUGAAGGAGAAGGAGGGACGCGGCGCUAUUUAAGGAUUCUAUUUCCAAAGGCGACAAAACAGCUGGGAACUAUACACUGCAAAGAGGAGAGCGAGCUGACACGGGCCGACCAGGAGACGGAAUCUGAGGGGUUGGGGGAAGAAAAGAAAAAAAAAAAAAAGAAGCGAGAGAGAGAGCCGAGCCAUGGAGGUCGCAGCGGCGGAUCAGUCGCGGUGGAUGGCGCACCAUCACGCGGUGCUGAACGGCCAGCACCCGGAUUCCCACCACCACAGUCUGAGCCACAACUACAUGGAGCCGAUGGCGCCUUUGCUGCCCCAGGACGAGGUUGACAUGUUUCUAAACCACUUGGACUCCCAAGGGAACCCUUACUACACCAACUCCCGGGCCAGGGUCACGUACAGCCAGGCACACGCUCGCCUUGCUGGAAACCAGGUUUGCCGGCCACACCUCAUCCACAGCCCCGGAAUCCCCUGGCUGGACCCCGGGAAAGCCGCCCUGUCCGCCGCGCACCACCACAACGCAUGGGCGGUCAGCCACUUUAGCAAACCCGGCCUCCACCCCGCCAGCUCCGGAUACCCCUGCAGCAGCAGCGCCGGCACGGCCUCCGUGUCCUCGCUCACCCCCGCCUCCCACUCCAGCCCGCACCUCUACAGCUUCCCUCCGACCCCUCCGAAAGACGUCUCCCCGGACCCGGGCCCCACGUCCCCGACCUCCGCCAGGAUGGACGAGAAGGACUCGAUCAAGUACCAGGUGCCGCUGACGGACGGCAUGAAGAUGGAGAGCUGCAGCCCGCUCCGCGGCGGCCUGGCCUCCAUGAACGGCCAGGCCGCGGCCACGCAUCACCCCAUCCCGACCUACCCGGCCUACUCGCUCCCCACGCCCCACGAAUACAGCGGCAGCCUCUUCCACCCGGGCAGCCUGCUCGGCGGGUCUUCCUCCAGCUUUACGCCCAAAUGCAAAAGCAAAGCCAGGUCGAGCUCAGAACUAUAUGCAGAGGGCCGAGAGUGCGUGAACUGCGGUGCCACGUCCACCCCUCUGUGGCGGCGGGACGGCACCGGCCACUACCUGUGCAACGCCUGCGGACUGUACCACAAGAUGAACGGCCAGAACCGACCGCUCAUCAAGCCCAAGCGGAGACUGUCUGCUGCCAGACGUGCAGGCACCUGCUGUGCAAACUGCCAGACCACCACCACCACCCUGUGGAGGCGCAACGGGAAUGGAGACCCGGUGUGUAAUGCUUGCGGCCUCUACUUCAAACUACACAACGUCAACAGACCCUUGACCAUGAAGAAGGAAGGCAUCCAGACGCGCAACCGCAAGAUGUCCAGCAAGUCCAAGAGGAACAAGCGGGCGGGGGACGGCUUUGACGAGCUCUCCAAGUGCAUGCAGGACAAGGCGUCGCCCUUUGGAGGGCCCGGCCUCACCAGCCACAUGACCCACAUGGGUCACCUUCCGCCCUUCAGCCACUCGGGACACAUGCUGCCCACUCCCACGCCCAUUCACCCGUCAUUCGGUCACCCGCACCACUCCAAUCGGUCGCCGGUCUGGGCCGAGCCUCACUGAGGUCGUCCCUCUCCGCCCCGCGGGACGCAGGACCCGCCGCAUCUCCAUAGACACUGAACGGCGGACUUGUGUCCUGUACAGCGGUUGAUCGGAGCGCAGCGGCUUUCAGUUGGACUCAAUGACCGAGGGCCUCGUCAGGCCACGGCCUCGCCGAGAGGGGGUGGCCGUCGCGAACUUUUUGCGGACUCUGUGAAGAGCUAAUGCGACGAGGGGGUUUGUCCGUUCCACCCACCUCCUCCGUCCCCUGGGGCGAGUGGGGCUGACAGGAGUGAAUGGAGAAGCUUGUCAUUCUUUUUUUUUUUUUUUUUUUGCUUAUUUUUACUAAGUCACUUUGGUACCCCCCUCUCCCUGACCCUGUAACAGGAGACUCCAGAGAGGGCCUGAAAACAACCGCUGUUUCUCACCUCAUGAUCAUACCGUCAUACUCCGAGAUACGUGCACCUCGUCCAUCCCUGCGCUGUUGUUCACAACAGCCGCCAUCACACACACACACACGCACACGCACACGCACACACACACUCCCACACGCGCAGCCCCACACACACACACGCCCACACAGACGGACUCCUUGGUGCUGGAAGUUGUCUUACAGGCAGAACUGCUGAAAGGCAACAACCAACCAGUGCUCUCUUCACAUGCUGGAUUGUGCACCACAGAGCUCACCUGUUUUUCAUAACUGUUUUAUGGGAAAAAGAAAAAAGAAAAAAAAAAACACCCCAACACAGUAAAUAGAGUGUUUAUAAAUGCUUAAUUGCUAUUAUUGCUGUUAUAUUUGAUGUUAUAAUUAUUGCUACAAUAAUUUAUUUUCACUCUUUAAACUUUCACCGGACACACAUGGAAACGUAUGAUUUUAAUUACAUGGUUAUUACGUAAAGAAAAACACUGACCUGUCUUGGGCGAGUAAAAGUCCCUGAGCUGUACGUUUUUAUCAUUUUUCCAUCUCACAAAGAAGAGAAAAUAAAGUUUAAUACUGAAGUAA